CGGCCCAAGGCAGAGCACGCAGCUCAGCCGCCAAAACAGAGCUCGCCCGCGCUCCCCUCCGGCCCAAGUGCCGCUCCUCCUCCUCGGCCGACGCCGGCGCCGGUGGAUGGCUCCGCCGCGCCAAAUCGAGCCCCUCACGCCGCGAGCCGCUCCUCCUCAUCCUCAGCCUGCAAUCCCGGCCGAGCGCCGAUCCCCGCCGCCGUCAGGCUCCUCCGAUCCGCGGGCGAUCGCUGGGGCGCCAAGAUCAGCCCCGGCUCCUCCUCCCGUUCCUUUAGGUGAACGGAGAGUACUCUGAAGAGCAGGCUUUGCUUUGUUUUGCAAGGAUGGAAAUGCCGAUGCUCAGUCAUUCAGAAAAAAUAUAUAUUCCAGUGGAAAAUAGAGGACCAGGUGUAAGGAGGAAAAGAAGGGUUAGGCUUGUGCAGAAGGUGGUAGGGGUGCAAACUAGAGGAGGAGAUGCAAAGGGAGGCUACUUUUCUCAUGCAUGGUGGGGGAUCUCUCUCCCUCCAAAAGAACCGAUUGGUUGAUAUAUGGCUAGAGGAUCAUUGAUAUUAAGGGGAGGAAAAAUGGAGAUUGAGAGGUCAUCGUGGAGCGACGACGGCAACCUAGUUCAGGAUGCGGUCGACUACCGGGGUUGCCCGGCCAACAGGUCCAGCACCGGCAGCUGGCUGGGAGCGGCAUCCGUGGUCGGGAUCGAGCUAUGCGAGCGGCUGGCCACCAUGGGCAUCGCCGUGAACCUGGUGACGUACCUCACGGACACCAUGCACCUGCCCGGCGCCGCGUCCGCCAACGUCGUCACCGACUUCAUGGGCACCUCCUUCCUCCUUUGCUUCCUCGGCGGCUUCCUCGCCGACGCCUUCCUCGGCCGCUACCUCACCAUCGCCCUCUUCGCGCUUGUCCAGGCCCUCGGCACCGGACUCCUCGCGGUGUCCACCACCGUGCGCCAUCUCCGCCCGCCACCAUGCGGGGGCGCAGCGCCGUGCGAGGAGGCCACGGGCCUGCAGAUGGGUGUGCUGUAUGUGUGCCUCUACCUCAUCGCGCUCGGCACCGGCGGGCUCAAGUCCAGCGUCUCCGGCUUCGGCACCGACCAGUUCGACGAGCACGAUGACCGCGAGCGCGCCGCCAUGGGAUGCUUCUUCGACCGUUUCUUCUUCAUCAUCAGCCUAGGCACACUUCUCGCCGUUACCGUCCUCGUCUACAUCCAGGACCAUGUCGGCCGGAGCUGGGCCUAUGGCCUCUGCUCUGGCGCCAUGCUCGUGGCCAUCGCGGUCUUCCUCUCGGGCACCAAGAGGUACCGCUAUAAACGGAGCUCCGGGAGCCCGGUCGUGCACAUUCUCCAGGUCCUCGUCGCUGCCGCACGGAAGCGCGGCCUCAAGCAGCCGCUCACCGCCGCCACGCUCUAUGAGGACCGCCCCGAGCACGCGAGGAUCCAUCACACCGACCAGUUCCGGUGCUUGGACAGUGCGGCCGUGAUGGCCGGUGAGGAGGACAACGAGGUGGGGCCGGACGGGCGGCCGGCACCGAACCCGUGGAAGCUGUGUUCUGUGUCCCGUGUGGAGGAGGUGAAGAUGGUGGCGAGGCUGAUGCCUGUGUGGGCGACGACGAUCUUGUUCUGGACCAUCUACGCGCAGAUGAUCACCUUCUCGGUGGAGCAGGCGACCACCAUGGACCGGCGCAUCGGCGGCUUCGAGAUCCCAGCCGCGUCGCUCACCGUCUUCUUCGUUGGCGCCAUAAUGCUGACCCUCGCCGUCUAUGACCGCGUCUUCAUCCCGCUAUGCCGAAACCUCACUGGCCGGCCAGGGUUCACCAACCUAGAGAAGAUUGGCAUCGGCCUGGUCCUGUCCAUCAUCGGCAUGGUCGCUGCCGCCAUCUGCGAGAAGAAGCGUCUCACCGUCGCCUCCACGGCCACGAAUGGGACCGCGCUGCCGAUCAGCGUGUUCAUGCUGAUUCCACAGUUCCUGCUGGUGGGCGCAGGCGAGGCGUUCAUCUACACGGGGCAGCUGGACUUCUUCAUCACGCGAUCGCCCAAGAGCAUGAAGACCAUGAGCACCGGCCUCUUCCUCACCACGCUCUCCCUCGGCUUCUUCCUUAGCAGCGCCCUCGUCUCUCUGGUUAGGGGCGCCACCACGUGGCUCGGUGACACCAUCAAUCACAGCCGCCUCGAUUACUUCUACUGGCUCCUUGCCGUGCUCGGUGCCAUCAACCUGGCCGCGUACCUUCUAUGCGCCAUGUGGGCCACGCCGGCCGCCAGCAGCAAGGCGGAGCAACCGCAUCAUGCGGCAGCGGCCGACGAGAAAUGCUAGCUGGUGCACGCUACCGAUCGUUCAUUACUGAAUGUGCAUAUAGAUCCAUCCGGUCUGGGUGUCCAUGCAUGCAGCUUCCAUGUACGUCCGUAUGUGUAAAACUUGUUCAUUUCAGUUUAUCAUUGAAAAUAAGAAGAAAAUUACUAAGAA